UCGAAGCAGCACUAAAAGACCGGAUAGCAUUUGAAAGUUGAGAAGAGAUGUGACUGAGCUGAAUAUAUUUCCCAGUUAAACUGUGGUUGAAAUUGUAUUGUCUUUCGCUGUGAUAUGGGAUUUUGAUAUUUUCACGCGUGUUGUAUGUUCUUCUAUGGGACACCAUGAACUGGCAUUUCGACAGCUAUUGUAAAGAAACUGUUUGGUUCGUUCAAUUGCUAUUUCUAUUCAGCUGAACACCGCCGAGCUGAACUGUAUGCCGUCUGGAUUUUGAAGACUUUUUCUCUUUUGCUGAGAAAUUGCAUGGCACCUUCCGCGUGCAGGUGGCCGACCGGCCGAACCUGAGAGCCCAGUUCCGAUUGGCAACGCUGCCAUGCUGCCAAAAGUCGAGACUGAAUCCCUGGGACUCGCUCGAUCGUAUGGGGAACAGGGACGCGUUCCUGAAAGCAUGCAAGCGCCCCAUUUUAAAAUGAUGGAUUACUCUUAUGAUGAAGACAUGGAUGAGAUGUGUCCAGUGUGUGGAGACAAGGUGUCCGGGUACCACUAUGGCCUUCUGACCUGCGAAAGCUGUAAGGGCUUCUUCAAGCGCACAGUUCAGAACAACAAAAGGUACACGUGUAUAGAGAACCAGAGCUGCCAGAUUGACAAAACCCAGAGGAAACGCUGCCCCUACUGCCGCUUUCAAAAGUGCCUCACGGUCGGAAUGAAACUAGAAGCCGUGAGGGCAGACCGCAUGCGGGGAGGGCGUAACAAGUUCGGCCCCAUGUACAAGCGGGACCGGGCUCUGAAACAGCAGAAGAAGGCGCUUUACCGGGCCAGCGGGCUCAAAAUGGAGGCCGUGGGGCAUGCCAUGCAGACGGCGCCCACCGACCUCACCCUCUCUUCGGCCCUCCAGAGCAUCCACUCCGCCUCUAAGGGCCUGCCCCUGAGCCACGCCCACAUCCACCCACACGCCGCCCUGCCCCACUCUGACUACGACCGCAGCUCCUUCGUCACGCCUCCCAUCAGCAUGGCCAUGCCCCCGCACAGCGGCCUGCAGGGAUACCAGGCCUACGGACACUUCCAGAGCCGCACCAUCAAGUCCGAGUAUCCGGACCCCUACACCAGCUCCCCCGAGUCGCUUUUGGGGUACCCUUACGCCGAUGCCUACCAGACUGGCUCCCCACCUGGAUUCCCCCACCUCAUCAUGGAGCUGUUGAAGUGCGAGCCGGACGAGCCCCAAGUGCGGACCAAGAUCCUGGCCUACCUGCAGCAGGAGCAGGCCAGCCGGGGGAAGCACGAGAAGCUCAAUACCUUCGGACUCAUGUGCAAAAUGGCCGACCAGACUCUGUUCUCCAUUGUCGAGUGGGCGAGAAGCAGCGUGUUCUUCAGGGAACUGAAGGUUGAUGACCAAAUGAAGCUUCUGCAGAACUGCUGGAGUGAACUCUUAAUUCUAGAUCACAUUUUUCGCCAAGUGGUACAUGGAAAAGAAGGUUCCAUCCUCCUUGUUACUGGCCAACAGGUGGACUACGCCGUACUCGCCUCCCAAGCUGGUGCCACGCUCAGCAGCCUCCUCUGCCACGCACAGGAGCUGGUAGGGAAACUGCGCUCCCUGCAGUUCGACCAGAGGGAGUUUGUGUGCCUCAAGUUCCUGGUGCUCUUCAGCCAGGAUGUGAAGAGCCUGGAGAACUUCCACCUGGUGGAGAGCGUCCAGGAGCAGGUGAACGCGGCGCUGCUGGACUACACCAUGUGCAGCUACCCCCAGCAGACGGACAAGUUCGGCCAGCUCCUGCUCCGGCUGCCCGAGAUACGCGCCAUUAGCAUGCAGGCGGAGGAGUACCUGUACUACAAGCACCUGAACGGGGACGUUCCCUGCAACAACCUGCUCAUCGAGAUGCUGCACGCCAAGCGUGCCUGAGAGCCGCCUACCCCAACGAACAACCCCCCGCCGUCCCCAAACCCUGGUACUGUCUCCCCCUCCCCCCUGGUCCAAACAUCACCGCAUCCCUACAGACACACCUGGAAAAGGUGAUUCUGGGAGGUGGGGUGCCUGGAUAUCAGACGGGUAUAUAACUGGAUUGACUGUAAGUGACUACAGUGUUUUCAAAUCACAAACAGCAAGAGACCUCACUGAAGACAAACGAUAGAACUUUUUGUUUCUUCUCGGAAAGGCUGUUGAAGGGAUUUACUGAGACUUGAUUGACUGAAAGAACCCGAAAGAACUGUGCACUUAGGGACUUUUCACACUUCAUCAGUUUCAAAGAGACUCUUGGACUGCUUACUUUAGAUGGAGACUGAGUGACAGUGUUAGUUUGCUGGUUGCUCACAUAGCACAUAAAUGUGCCAAGUCUUUGGAAACAGACCUUUGGUUCAUUUUUAGGGUUUUGGGCUCGGUUCAUCUUGUCUUCAUGGUCUGGUGAGGGGGCUCUCGCUGCCUCAAUCAACUUUGUUUGAAGACUUUACAGAUGUGAACAAUCAGGACAUAGGGCUCAACUUAAGCGCAUCAAGGAUAUAGUACAAUACAUAAUCUGGCUUUAGAUACACACAUACUGUAACUCUGUAUUGAGUGGCCCACCAUUGUUGCACUUAAAAUAAUUACAUUUAGCUCAUUUUUACACACACCCACACAUGGAAAAUGUGUCACCGUGCACCUCUUCAAGUUAAAAGUGUUGUCUUGUAAUGAUUACUUUGUUUUACACAAUUCAGCACUAAUAAUAAUAUACAGUACAAAAUAGUCUAUAUUACUGAAACCAGUGGAUUGCUACUGCUGAAGACCAAAAUGAAUUUGCUGCCAUUGGUCACAGAUAAUUCUUGAAGUUGUUGCGUAUGUUAAUCAACUGCAAAUCAGACUCAAGUUCAAGGUCAGAAUAAAUAUAACACUGGAAUAUAGAUGUUACACCCCUUUUCCACAAAACAAUGCCUCGAGGGUCGAUCUCAGAAGCGGAUGUUUAAAUAAUCGUAUCCAUAAAACAAGCGCUUAAGAGCUAUGUACUAUUCAAUUCAGAAUACACAGGCGUGUAGGCUGUUUACUAAACAGCGUCACACAGACAGCAGAGGCCUUUUCUGUUCUGAAUUAAUAUUCUUCUGUGUACAGAGACGACACGCUGUGGGCACACGGUGUACUGCAUUUUACCUGAACACAAACACAGCCUCGCCAAAAAUAAACAACAACAUAUUAUCAUAAAAGAGGGUAAUACUUUAUUUUACAGCCCGUUAAUUACCUAGUACUUACUGGGUAAAUACCAGGUAUUUAGUAGUUAGCUAUUUUGAUUUCAGGGUUAAGUAAUAUGAAACGGGCCGUAAAACAUAUGUACAUAGUACUUAUGGUACUUCCUGACUUUGUUUCAUAGUACUUACCACUGAAAUAAAAGUACUUACCUAAUAAGUACACAAGUAGCUGUGUACUUUCCCAGUACAUACUAGGUAAUUAACAGGCUGUAAAACAAACCUGAAAGAGGAGUCAUUUACUACUCUUGGUCGUUCUGCAGACAUACACCUUAUGAGGAAAGGUUCUUUUUUUAUCUGUGAACGGUUUACUUUAGCUUUGUAAAAUACAUUGGGAGGUUAGUUGUGGUAAAUUAUUAAACAGUAUUUUUCUCAUUCACAUGAAGGCAUAGAAAAAGGGACAUUCCUCUAUUGCCUUAAUAAAGAAAAUAAUUUCCCUACAAAUGUUUUAUUUUCCUUAAGAUGUUUUUGCCUCUGUCAACUGUAGACCAAAGCCUGCAACUGAACAAAGUGUGGUGUUCAAAAAUAAAACAAACCGAUCUUACAUAUCAGUGUUAUGAACAUGUGGUAACACUGCGAGUCUGUGAGUCUCAUCGUUCUCCAUGCUGAUGUGAAAUAAAUACAUACAAAAUA